UACAAAGAAUGGUUUCUUCAUCCGUCGAGAAACUCUGCGAACCCUAGCUCUCAGAUCUGAACGCAACCUCAUUCCAACGCCAUGGCGAGCUUUGACGAAGCCCCCCCCGGCAAUUCCAAAGCUGGAGAGAAGAUCUUCAAGACCAAAUGCGCUCAGUGCCACACUGUCGACAAAGGAGCUGGUCACAAGCAAGGUCCCAAUUUGAAUGGGCUAUUUGGACGGCAAUCUGGUACAACUCCUGGAUACUCUUACUCCGCUGCCAACAAGAAUAUGGCUGUGAUAUGGGAAGAGAAGACAUUGUAUGAUUACUUGCUUAACCCCAAGAAGUAUAUACCCGGAACGAAGAUGGUUUUCCCAGGGCUGAAGAAACCGCAGGAUCGUGCCGACCUUAUUGCUUAUCUGAAGGAAUCAACUGCUUAAUGAUACGGUGCUUCCGCCUGUCUAGAAUUUGUUCACACCCUUUUUACUCCCUUCAUUAAAUAAGAACAUUGAGGUUAGAUGGAAAUUUGGAGGUCACGUACAAAGUAAUUCUCUGUCAGACAGAUUUGUCUUGUGAAAAUCACAAGAGUUCCCUUUUUUUCAUUAAAUUCUUAUUUCCCUUCGCUAUUAUACAUCAUUUGCAGAGUUCAUCCAUUUGUAGCUUACGUUGUUGGUUUGUGAACAUAACUGCUAAACUUUUUGGCAAAGCCGGUUAUGGCAAUCUUUUUUUCAUAAUAAAUAGCACGCUUGUAAGAACCUA